AUGAAGGCCCGGCGCCAGCAAGGCGACGGCAACUUCGUACUUCUGGUCAACGAAGAAGUGAGACUGGUCGUUUCGCUAGAAUCCAAGAGGGAUGAGUCCGUGCUCGACGGCUACGUCGAGGAGCACGUGACCACAAAGGGCGACCUCGCUUCCCGCAUGUUCCGAUUCGCCCAGACUGCCGCCGUUAAGCUCGACGCCACUUUACCCGAAACUUGUCACACGAGCGGGAUCCUCAUCAAGGUGGUCACCUUCUCUUUCUUUUGGCGACCGUUCGCACUUGCUUACCACCAUGCCAGUGCUUCUAUCGGCGCGGGCUUCGACCGCUAUCCACCCAGCAAUUACUACGAGCAAGCACACGGGACCGAGACGCGGUUUAGCACCAUGAUCUGCGGUGCGUAUAACGGAUUCGUCGCCGAAAGGCGUGAGCACAGAGCUUCGGUAGCGGACGCACUUGCGCACUGUUCUAAUAUCCCGACAGAUACCUGUGCGAGCCCAGUCAACCGUCCCAACAUGCCAACCGAUGGCGAUUUCGGGGUGCUGUAUAGCGUCGUCUCCCAAAGCAUCCGCGACACCAAAUUCGAGCCGGCAAUCCGAUCCCCUUCGCUGAAAGAUCGAACGACGAGGUUCAGCAACUGA